AUGUCCGACGGCAGCAGCAGCUUGUUCCUCCCACAGGAGGAAGACUAUAACGACUUCAUGGCCAUGCAUGACACCCCCGGCCCGCAGCCCGCCCGUCCUGCCUCGCCAAGCCAAGAUGACCAGUUCGCGGCCGCUGGCGAGGACCGCGUGGGUGACUUCGCCAGCACCCUGAACGAGUUUAUGGCGAUGCAUAUCAGCACUGCCUACCAGGCAGGUUCUGCAGUCUCGGCUGCGGCGACGGCGGGGGGCCAGACCGAGGGCGUCGACGCAGCUCAGCUCGAUGGGUCCAUGAACGACGCUGCAUAUCAAAGCUUCCUUGAUCUUCUGGCAGCCCACGCCAACCCACAGCACGCUGGCCCUUCACAGCUUGUUGACCCUUCGCUCGAGUGGGAUGACAAGCGUCUGGCCCAGGAGGCAAAAGGCUGGCGGAAGUGGUCUGCUUUGCAUCUGGAGGAUCUCGACCCCAAUGUCCCUGCUGAGGCCUGGUACAAGAGGCUUAGACAAGCAGCCUCCCACCUCGAUCUCCCAGAAUGGCCUGUAGUCGUGUUCGGUCCGAAAGACAGGCUCGAGAAUUUGUUCAAGAAAGAGCUCGAAAAUACUAUCCGGCAGGCCAAAGCUUCGUUCACUUGGGGUGCGCUGCUCACCAUGACCUUUGAGAUCCUCAUGACGAAGCUUCAAGUGCUGCCCAAACCCGGGACCAUCACCUUCGUUCGGACGUUACAGACACACACCCUCAUACAUUACAACGGUGGCGAAUUCAACGGCGAGGCCCCACUGCUGGUCGCCCAUGUUGGUCAGCCUCACUUCUCCGUGCGCAAGACACUUUACGCCCUGAACAUCCCUGGGCGCUACAAGUUAUUGGAGAAUGAGGGUUAUCGAAGGGUCAGCUCUUGGAACCUACUGGUCCCAGAGUCCCUUCGGCAUUACAUCAUCCCCACCAACCAGAUCCUCUUCAAUCAAAUCGGACAAGAUACCAUUGACAAUCUUUGCGUGCUCGAAGGCCUCACUGAGGGUGUCAUAAACAGAGUUCUGGUAUACGCUCUUGAAGGAAAAGCCGAUGAGCUCUUUGCGGACGUCGUGGAGCCAGAGAAACAUCACGAUGACUCGUUCCAGACACUUGUCCCAGGACACAUUCUGUCGACAGAAGAGGGCGCAGCGCUCGACCUCUUAUCCUUUCUCCAAGCUAGGUCAGUCGUAGCGCCAACCGAAGAACCCUCCAACACGCCAGCUCCGGAUACAGCAGGAACUGGAGCGACAGAUGCCGGAGCAGUGAUGGCCUGUACUCAAGGGGUUGACGAGGUGGGGAAAACUGACGCUGAGCAAGAAGCUCGUGAAGCUGAGAAGAAGAACCGAAAGGCCGACAAGAAGAAGCGUAAGAGUCAGAGAUACAAGCAAAACAAGAAGAUGAGGAAGUACGCAGAGGAAGAGGCAAAAAAGGCCCAAAUUGACCAAGAGGAUCCCCAUGAAUGCGAGGACUUGCCCGCAGCAGGGCCUUCCAUCGCACCUGCCCAGACCGGAACUUUGCACCAGUCGCAGCAAGAGUACACUGUGAUCCACGAACCUAUGACGCAAGGCGCCACUGUCGAGUCAAAAGAGGAGGGUCACCCCAUCGAGACUGACAAUGAGGGGAGCAAAGCUAGCAGCGCUGGUGAGGAUGACCACGCCGUUGAAGUGACGAGCCACCAAACUUGGUCACAUGACAGCGGAGAGUCACAGGUUGAGAAGUUCUGCGAGGUCGAAGAUGAGGAUCCAACGAAGGUUUCUGCAAAGCCUGAGACGCCAAUGAAGACCGCGGAAGAGAAAGGAGGCCCAGAGCAACGAGUCGAUUUUCCAGGUGGAUGCGAGCCCGUCUCAUACGAGGGAAUACCUUCCUCCAAACCUUCGGGCAAAGAAACCUUCCGAGCUGCCAGGUGGCGCCCGAGACGCAGUCGACCGCGUAGCCAAACCCUACCAGACAAUUGGCGCGUCCCAGAAUGCUGGAUAUACCCUUUUCACACCCUGAAGACAAUGCCUAUCCAGCCAGUCAGGGGAGCAAGAGAGCAGAAACCUCUGCCACCAGCAGGCCCAGCAUACGUGACCCAACAGGCACAGAACAUCACAAGCGCCCUUCCAAUGGGCCUCCUAUUACCACGACCGCAACCAAACGUCGGCCAGCUUCCCCCGAUCAAUGCGUUAUUGGACUGUGGACCAAUCCCUAGUCCGCCUGUCCCUUUCUUCACCCCAGCCAAUACGGUAUUCCGCAUCGCACCGGCCGCUAAUCAACCCCUUUCCCCUGCCAAUGGCUUGUUCCACGUCCUACCAGCCUUUGAUCGAUCCCUGCAGUUCUUCCCGGCCGAUGCGCUGUACCACAUCGCGGCGGAUGCUCCUCGGCGUCCUUUCUACAACGAACUGUCCUGGCAUGCAGCCGGCCCGCCUCUGGGUCAGCAGUAUCACCCAGUCCUGCUUCCACGCUGGCAGUAUUGCCCCGGUCCAUACUUCGACCCAGCUAUUGUUCACUGGCAAUAG